UAUUGUUUCCGUGAGGGACUAACAAUUUUUCAGUAUCACUUGCAAGUGGCAUUGAACUGAUAAGUGAAAGGCAAGUGUAUUAGUUCUAGAAACUUUGUGAUAACAGUAAAAAGAAAUAUGGCCGACCUUGUCGUACCAACAGUGCCGUCCUUAAAAAAAGUCGCGCCGAAAACUGCAUCGAAACACCCUCCAACAGCGGAAAUGGUUAACGUUGCGAUCGAAACCUUAAAUGACCGUGGUGGCUCAUCACUGUAUGCCAUUAAGAAGUAUAUUUCAGCGGCUUACACGCUUGACAUCGAGAAAUUAUCGACAUUAAUUAAAAAGUACCUGAAAAGUGCCGUUGCUAGCGGUGAUAUAAAGCAAACGAAAGGAAAAGGAGCGAGUGGCUCGUUUAAAUUAGGUGCUACCGCAUCCGAACGAAAGAAAGCUGCUGCUAAAAAAUCGAAACACGUGACCGGUGAGGAGAAAGCCAAAGCAAAGAAAGCUUCUGCUGAAAAGAAGAAAGCAACGGCUGAAUCUAAGGAAAAGAAGAAACCAGCGGCCGAAUCUAGUGAAAAGAAGAAAGCUUCAGCUCCUGCAAAGGCAGCUACUCCAAAGAAGGCUGCUAAAUCGCCGAAACAAAAGUCGACGAAACCAACGGCAGCCGCUACAAAGGCAAAGGCUCCUAAGCCGAAAAAGGCUGCUUCGACCGCAAAGAUGGUCACACCGAAGAAAGUGGCUAAACCCAAAAAGAAAUAAAUUUCAUCAAUUGAUUUAACGUCCCCCCUGUAAUAAUUUGAUCAGUCCUUAUAAG